AGGUAACAUACAGCAGGAAAACUAAUGCCCAGGAUCUAGACGUCAACAUUCACCAUAUCCAGUACCACAGGUCGCCAACGCAGCGCCGCCUCGGUGCAGAUGCGGCGGCGAGGCAUGGGAAUGGCCAAGUCGGGGAACCGCCGGACGAGGUCCUCGCCGCCGGCCACCGCCCUCGCCUCCGCAAUCACCACGUCCUCCUCAUCCUCCACAAACCUCGAAGAAACCGCCUCGCCGUACUUCCUACCUCAGCUGAUCCCAUUGACCGCGAGCCGCCUGACGACCCUCGAGGACUUCUUCGCCCUACGUGCCGCCUGCCGCGCCUACCGGGCUCACCUCCCGCUGUCAUCGUCCAACCUCGCCUCACAGGGUCCGCUCCUCCUCGUCCCCCACAAGACCUCUGCCUCGGAAGCGCUCUUCCACGUCCCCCUCCGCCGCAUCCUCCGCUUCCGCCUCCCGCGCACCCCCCUGGCCCAUGGACGCCGCAGCCCCACCUGCUUCAGCCGUCUCUUCACCCCCCAAGACCUCAGCCUCACCUGCUUCCACUCCUUCGGCUGCCGCGUCGCCAUACAACGCAUGAGCGCCAACGCCAGCCGCCCCGAGAUCCGCAUCCGCCACCUCCUCACAGGUGAGCGAGCCCGCCUGCCCGAUCCCCCUGAAUGCGUUGGAGGUGUUCUCUUUUCCGACGACCUAAUCCUCGCCUUCACGCCAUGGCACCGGGACAUCUACUACUGCCGCAUUGGGGAUGCUCAGUGGCAAGCGGCGCGGUGCGACGAAUGCUACCACGUUUACAGUCUGAUGUUCGUGAAAGGCACCCUCUACGCGUUGAUUUAUCCAAAUUAUCGUCUUGCUGUUGUCGAGCUUGACAAGAAUUAUGUGGUAUUGUCGUUUCUUGGUGAGGAACUUAGCCCACAGACAGUUCCAAAAAGUUCGGUGGCCUGGCUCGCAGAGUGUCAGGGUGAGCUAAUGCUAAUUAUCAAAAUCAGGUUGUAUCGUGUUUUCCAGUGGGGAUCCGGGGAAAGGAAGUGGGCGAGGACACAUAGCCUUGGUGGUUGCAGCUUGUUCUUUAAUAUGCAUGAGUUCGCUGGUUGCCUUGGUCCAGAUCAUCCGGGAGUUCGAAGAGACUGCUUGUACUUUACUGGAAGCCUUGGGAACUGGAGCGAGUAUUCUCUGGUUGAUAGAUCUUUGCAUGAAAUUAUUGCUGACUACCCAGGGCAAGCAGUACGGAAGGAUUUUGUGCCACUGGCUUGGGUCCUUCCAAGCAUUUGUUGAUGCAGUACAAUGUCUAUAAGAACUGCCUGGAAGUUCUCAAGAAGAGAAAUUAAUCUGGGAAGGUCGCUUCGGGGUCGCCGAUUCAGUAUGCUUUGCGGUCUGUAGCCUGAUGAAGAGAACCAUGGCUCUUUUGGCAGGCUGGUAGUCGUUUCCUCUCGUUUUUCUGUACACACGCUUUGUGUGUAAACAAAAUAACUCUGUGUUGAACUGUUGA